CUAGCAAUCGGAAGCUAACUUCAGCGUCGUGGCCGAGGAGCUACUCCUAUUUACAACAACAUAAUGGAGCCCAGAUGGACGAAGAGCGUUUGCAUGGCUGUUUUAUGGUCUGGGUGUUUGCUAUGCGUUAUAUUUGUCACAGGACCCGCAUGUGCAAUCACCGUGUACGCCGACUCCGAGGUGAUAGUGCAGAACGGCACAACGGCAGUCCUGCGCUGCACCUUUGACUCCAGUGAAGUGGUGACCAAAGCCACCAGUGUGAGCUGGAGCUUCCAGUCCAAUCAGCCCGACAGUCAAUACUACUCAGCUCCAUACGUGAUUUUCUACUUUGCCGACGGAAAAGCAUAUCCAGGACAAGAAGAAUUCAAACACAGGGUUCAGUUUGUGGGAGACAUCAACAAGAAGGACGCUUCGUUACAGCUGAGUCCGGCUCAGUUCAGCGACAACGGGACCUUCUUCUGCGACGUGAAGAACCCGCCCGACGUGUCGGGAACUCAGGGCCGAACGGAGCUCAGGGUUGUUCAGAAAGCAGAGUCUCUCCCUCAGACCAACACUAAGAUUGUAAUCUUAGCAGUGUGUGGUGCUUUAAUUCUGCUCAUCGCCGUCGCUAUAGCCGCCUGCUUCGCCGUACGGGUGAUUCAAAACCGGCACGAUUACGAAGGAUGUACGUCCCUGGAAGGCGCGAGCUCUGAUGCUCCGCGGCCGCUAAAGAAGGCGGAGUCCAGCCGGGAGGGCACCAGGUCGACCGGCCCCUUGGGUCCGCUGCAGGCAUGUUGUCAGGUCUGUCAGAAGUGAAGACCCAGAUUUACGAUUGGUUCUGGUGUGCUGCUUUGUCAGGUUGGUUCCAGAAAUGACCGCUUUAGCUGUUCAGUAAUUUAUAAACUAACAGAUGUACUUUAAAGUCUAUUCUCUGAGCUACAGGGAGCCAGUGUAAGGGAAGAUGUGCUCUAUCUUCUUGGUUUUAGCGUGAACAUGAGCAGCAGCGUUGCAGUUCAACUGCAGCUGCAGGUUUGAUUUUUUUUUUUUUUUAGGUAGAACUUUGAAUUCACUGUUGCAGUAAUCAAUGAAAAAUCAAACUUUCCAGUUUUCAGGGUAUUUUUAGUUUCACCUUUUUUUUUCGGUUAAAAUAAUUUUUUGGCUAAAAAAGUUUUUUUUUGUUUUUUUUUUUAAUGACAAAACUUUCUGGGCCCAAUAUAGCCCCAUACCUGUUAGUUAAUUAGCUUCUGAUUAUCUGAAUGUUUUGAUCUCUGCUCACCGGUUUUCCUCUGUCGUGUGCAUUUUGUUUUGUG